AACAAUUUUGAAAACCUGGAUAUUGAGGAGAAAAAGAAAUUCCAUAACGUCAAAGACAAUGUCGUUCAUCUUUUCAAAAUUGCUGCUGAUGGAUUCAAGCAGAGAAAGUUCAAACAGGCCAUCAGGGAUUACAAAAAGAUUCUUAACUCUCUCGACGAGGCAGAGCUGGAAGACAGUGAAGAUGAGGGGGAACAGAAAAAAUUAUUGACGAGAGCUGCUCAAAAUUUGGCAAUCUGUUACAACAGGGAGAGCAUGCCACGUCAUGCCUGUAUCGCUUGCAAUGAAGCACCCUAUAAGACUGCAAAAAUUCACUUUCAUUAUGGAAGAGCUUUGAUAAGGAUGGGAGAGUACGGCCAAGCUCUCACCCAACUGGAGAAAUGUUUGGCACUCGAGCCUGAAAAUGUUUUUGCAAUAAAAGAAAUGGAGCUGGCCAAUCAGUUUGAAGAGAAAUAUAAAAAUAUCGAGAAGAGUAUGUGGUCGAAAUGUUUGGGAUUGGCCAAGGGGAAACCCCGCGGGGAGGAGGAGUACGAGCAACUGGCAACUUCUCUCGUUCAGACUUUUCUCGAUGAUGGGCAUAUCAUGCGUCAGCCAUUGCCAGAGGGUCUGGUGCCACAGGCAGAAAAAGCUAUUCGCCGACAGGCUGCUAUUAAAGGCGUAAAAGUCACUUCCCACACUCGAUAUGGGAAAGAAAUUGUGUAUCUCUCAAAAUCCAAUUAUGUUUAGUUUUGUAAACAGAACUUCGUAUCACGAAACUUUAUAUCAGAGUUAUCCUCAUUCCUACGCAGAAAGAAAUCACGAUGAGGAAUGAAUAUUCGUUUAUUCAAUAUUUUCCAGCAUUUUUAUAGAGAUAUUUCCUAUUUUUCAAUUUAUUUCUAAGACUCAUGGUUUACAAUUGUAGAAUCAAUUGCAGCAAUAAAAAAUAAAC